AUGAUCUCUAUCUUCAACCUCGCUGUCCGACCCUCGCCGACUUCGCGGAGCCUUCAAAGGGCAGCGCACCUUGCCCAUGUCCACUCGACUCGCCCGUCUUUCGACCCGAUGUUUGCAAAGGCUCACAAGACGUUCAAGGCCAAUGAACCCCCCGGUCGCAAUGCCCUAGCCAAGCAGCUGUUCCCGUCCAGCAGCCCUGCGGCUCCCGUGACCGACAUUCGAGAUCAGCUCAAGAAGCCCGUGGCCAAUGCUAACAGCGUUUCUGCCUCUGCUUCUGCCUCGUCGGCGAGGACAGCCCCGUUUUCGAAACCUCUGCAGGACCGAUCGUCGGGCCUGAUGCAACAGCAACGGUCCAUGACCACCUCGAGCAGCGCCGCCUCGGGAUCGUUGGCGACUCUCUACACCAAUUCGGAUUCGUUCAAGGACGUCGAUGUCGUUGACCUUACUGGGACCGACACAAAGACAAAAGCAAAGAUUCAGGAAGUUUAUUUUGAAGAAGAUGAUUUCAGCGACGAUGCGGACCUCGACCUUGAUUUCAAGCCCCCCUCUGGGGUUCCCGUUCUCCCCGACCCAAAGCCAAAGCCGAUAGAAGAAGAUAUCCUCCCUCCGUCUUCUGCUGCAUUCCCGCCGCCGACUCAAGUAUUAGACUGGUCCUCUUCUCCCACAUCACAUUACUUCCCACCUCAACCUCAAAAGACAACUGCUUCUCUGAAGCGUGAUUCAUCUGGAGAGAAUGAGAUGACGGGAUUGCCCGCACCAAAGAAAAAGCGACCACCGCGCAUGUGGGACGCUCCCGUCAGUGCCAUUAACGAGCAAAAAAAACAGUUCAAGAUUCAACAGGCAACGCGGUCAGAAUCCCAAGGGCUAGACGAACAACCGCCCCAGUUUGGCAAAUCCCACGAUGGGGCUAAAGGCGAUGCCAUCCAUCUGAGUAAGGAACAGGAGCAUGUGCUCGACCUUGUAGUGAACCAGGGGAAAAGUGUGUUUUUCACAGGCCCAGCAGGAACCGGAAAAUCCGUCUUGAUGAGGGCCAUCAUCAACCAGCUCAGAACCAAGUAUGCUCGAGAUCGCGAGCGGGUGGCUGUGACAGCCUCGACAGGUCUUGCGGCGUGUAACAUUGGAGGAAUUACUCUUCACAGUUUCUCGGGUAUUGGCCUUGGAAAGGAAGACGCAGCUACUCUUGUCCGCAAAAUUAGAAGGAACCCUAAAGCCAAAAACCGAUGGCUUCGUACCAAAUGUCUCAUCAUUGAUGAGAUAUCCAUGGUGGAUGGAGAUUUGUUUGACAAACUGUCACAGAUCGGAAGAACCAUUCGCAACAACGGCCGACCUUGGGGCGGCAUUCAACUCAUCAUCACAGGCGAUUUCUUCCAACUCCCACCUGUUCCCGAUGGGGACAAGAAGCGUGAAGCCAAAUUUGCCUUUGAUGCUGCUACUUGGAGCACAUCAAUAGAUCACACGAUUGGUCUUACACAGGUUUUCCGUCAGCGCGACCCCAAAUUCGCUGCCAUGCUGAACGAGAUGCGACUGGGGCAAAUCACCCAAGACACAGUAGACACUUUCAAGAAGCUUGCAAGGCCACUCGAGUUCAACGAUGGUGUGGAGUCGGCCGAGCUCUUCCCUACGCGAGCACAGGUAGAUGGGUCCAACGAGAGAAGAUUGCGAGAUUUGCCUGGAGCGCCAACUCGAUAUGAUGCAAUAGACACGGGAGAUGUCAACAUUCGAGACAAGCUCCUGGCAAACAUGAUGGCGCCGAAAUCCAUCGAGCUCAAGAUGGAUUCUCAAGUCAUGCUCAUCAAGAAUUUGGAUGGAUCCCUGGUGAAUGGGUCGCUUGGCAGAGUCAUCGCCUUCUCUGAUGAGAGAACAUUUGACAUGACCAACAUGGACGACUACGACCCGUUUAUGGACGACGCCAUGGCAAAGGCACGCAGGAAGCUGAAGGCCUUUAGCCGCGAACCUGACCCAGACGGGUCAGGCAUGAAGUAUCCUGUUGUGCGCUUCAUUUCCACAGAUGGCGUAGCGCGAGUAAUCCUUUGCCAGCCAGAGGAGUGGAAGGUGGAGCUUCCCAACGGAGAGGUUCAAGCCAAGAGAGUCCAGCUUCCCUUGAUUCUUGCGUGGGCCCUGUCCAUCCACAAGGCCCAAGGCCAGACUCUAGAGAGAGUAACGGUCAAUCUGGGACGAGUGUUUGAAAAAGGGCAAGCUUAUGUCGCACUUAGCCGUGCCACCAGCCAGGAGGGGCUGCGAGUCUUGGGCUUUGACAAGAAUAAGGUCAUGGCCCAUCCGCGCGUCAUUACGUUCUAUAGGCAGCUCUACAGCGCCGAGGAAGCCGCGGCGAAAAGACCAAACUCGAUUGCGGAUUUUAUCUCAAAUCGGAAGGGCGUUGUAAAUACCCAGGUUCGAGAGGUUGUUGACCUGGAUUCGGAAGAAGAGCGCGCAAUGGCAUAUUAG